UUUUGACUCCGCUGAGACAAAAGAGAGGAAGCAGCCGAGAAGCCCGGACGAAGGAGAAGCUGAGAGAUAAGCCAUCUUAAAGGACAGAUCUGAACAAGCCAUCGGGCAUUCUCUAAUGUGCAGUAACGAUGAGCCCAGCAUACGGAGCUAUGGAAGUGGAGCGCUACGCAAAGGGAGUUCUGCUCGAGCCUUUUUUACACCAGGUCGGGGGGCACUCGUGUGUCCUUCGCUUUAACGACAAGACCAUCUGUAAGCCCCUCAUUCAAAGGGAGCACCUGUUCUAUGAAACACUCCCUGCAGAAAUCCGAAAAUUUACACCUCAGUAUAAAGGUGUGGUAUCUGUAAGCUUUGAAGAAGAUGAAGACGGGAAUCUGUGCCCAAUUGCCUAUCCUUUGAACCGGGACCAAGAGAACCUAGAAAAUGUGGACUUCAUGUCAGACUGCAGCGAGGCAAAAAGUAAACUGCUUAUGUGGUCUAAUAAGAAUGAUAACCUCACUAAGGAAAGGGUUCGGCAACAUAGGAAGGAAGAGAAAAUGAAAAGCCACAAACUAGAAGAGGAAUUUGAGUUGUUAAAGCAGUCAGAAGUUUUGUAUUACAGCAUGGAGAAGAAAGGGAAUAUCAGUUCACAGUUUAAGCACAAACUUUGGAGUACAAAACGUCACCAGCAACAGAUCCAACGUAUGAAGGAAUACGCCAAACACAGGAACCAAUACAAAUUUUUAUUAUUGGAAAACCUGACGUGUCGGUACCAGGUACCGUGUGUCCUGGAUCUGAAGAUGGGAACGCGACAACACGGUGAUGAUGCAUCAGAGGAAAAGAAAGCCACUCAAAUCGAGAAGUGCCAGCAAAGCACGUCUGCGAUUAUUGGGGUCCGGGUGUGCGGCAUGCAGGUCUACCAAACUGGCACGGGGCAACUUAUGUUCAUGAACAAAUACCAUGGCAGGAAACUUUCAGUCCAGGGCUUUAAAGAAGCACUUUACCAGUUCUUUCACAAUGGGAAAAACCUGCGCCGGGAACUGAUCGACCCUGUGAUCAAAAAACUGACAGAACUUAAAAUGGUUUUAGAAAAACAGGAGUCUUAUCGUUUUUAUUCCAGUUCACUGCUUAUUAUUUAUGAUGGGAAAGAAUUACCCGAGGUUCCUAUGGACUCCGAUUCUGAAGACCUAGGGGAUCUCUCGGAGGAAUCUUCGGACGAAUCUGCCGGCGCCUACGCCUACAAACCUUCCAGCAACAAACACACGGCCAGCAGCACUGCAGACGUCCGAAUGAUAGACUUUGCACACACGACCUGCAAGUUUUACAGGGAGGAUCGCGUGGUACACGAAGGCCAGGACACAGGCUACAUCUUUGGACUGCAGAAUUUAAUAGCUAUUAUUAAAGAAAUUAGAGAUGACGGCAGCGAAUAAAGGAAGAUGCAGCAAAAACCUGUUUGUACGAAGCACUAGAAUAACUAUGUCUAUUCCAAAAUGAUGACCACUUUGUGGUGGUAGAAAUCAUUACAGGAUACGACGGGCCUCGCCUGUCCGAAGACUUGGUCUAAAGAAAACAGAGAGGGCAUUUACUAAGCUGUGCUGGACAGAGCACUGAAAUUAUACUGUUAUACUUAUUUAUUUUCAAUAGUUCUAAAACAUUCCAUAUUUGAUGAUGCAAAUACCUCUGUUACACCAGUGUGUAUGGUUUGUGUUUAGUCCCCCUCUUCCUUUUUUUUUUUGUUUGGUAUAUUAUGCACCAAACAACCAUGGAAAUCACAUGGACUGUGUUCCAUGCGCAGGUGCUCGGAGAAGCUUGGCCCUCUGUUACAUAGUUAUUGUCCGCACUACAACUUGAUAUCUAUGACUCGGAAUGAGAUAUAUAUAAAAAAAAAAUGCUAUGGUUAGAAAAAACAAAAAACAGUUACACUCUAUUGGAUCUCAUUGCCGGUGUCGCAACGUGUAAUAUGUCUAUUUAUUGGGCUCCUGCCCGGGUUACAGUAGUAGUGGGACUAUAUGGCGAGUGAUGUAAGUUCAUGAACAUAUGUGCCUUUUAUCACACGAAACUAUAAAAUGCCAACUGCAAAGAUUUUCCUUACGGAGUUUAUCGAAUUACCGGGGAAGGGGGGGGGACAUUCAUCAAAUAAGGAGCCUUGAGUUUACCACGAAAUGCGUUCCAUGUCAUUUGCACUUUUUUUUUUGCUUCUCAAAAUUUAUCAUUAAACCAAAUACUUCUAUUUUGUCAUAUGUGUCUGUUAAGGGGAACAGCAGAAGAUAU